UGCCUGAUCAUGGAGAAGCUUUCCGAGGAUGACGCUUUUCGCAGGAAGCUGUAUCAGUCGGUGUCAUCACGGUCGGUACACAAGCAGGCUCUGGGCAAGAGGCAGGAGGAUGUUGCCAAGGAGCAAGAUGAGUUGCCUCGCCAAGAGAGAGAGCUCCAGCUGCCAAACCCACAGCCUUUGGAAGGGGCUGGAGAAGCAAUCCCCGAGUCUCCCCUGGAUGAAGCCCAGGAGCUGAGGAAUGAAGACGGAUCCCCUGAAGAGCCUCUGUCGUCCACCUCUUGUCCAGGCUCUGCAUUUGAGGUCCCCAGCCCUGAUUUCAGCUUCCAUGCGAAUGAGUACUUGGAGGUUUACAUCUCGGCUGCCGAGAACCCCAACCACUUCUGGAUCCAGAUCAUCGGCUCGCGUGCCCUCCAGCUGGACAAGCUGACCUACGAAAUGACUCAGUACUACGAAAGUGGCGGCUGCCCA